CAUCAGACUAAACGGAGGCUCGUCAUUGAUUUAAAGUUGGCCAAUCCUUUACUCCCUUACAGCUGUCAAUCUGCAGCCUCCCACGUGGUCUGCAGGGCGGGCGCAUCUCGACGGGUUCAACUUUUAACUUUUAGGGAGGCAAACAAUUGGACUCAUUGGUAGUUGCAGUUGCACAUCCAUGUAGGAUACUCCCCAACAGGAAACAACGACCUGCACGUUAGUAGGCGCCCUUCUCUGGUUGUCAUCCAGAUCGCUCCCAUCUGUGCGCACUGCUGCUGCCUCUUGUUCCAGGACUCAUUAAAGACAGCGCUUUGAACUCCGAGCCCAGUGUGCAGGAGUUAGUUGUGAAUGUAAAAGUUAGUCCACGGAGCCUGAUAAGACCUUGGUUGCAAAUUUAAGCAAAACAAAACAAUAUAUUUUGUUUAUUUUCUUAACAUCAAGGGGACUUUUGGAGCAGGAUUUCAGCAUGGAUACAGCCAGCGACUCUAUCGGGGAAAGUAAGCCGGUGUGUCAGUGCGCGCCGAAGUCCGUGAUCCAGCGGUGGCUUCCAGGAUUUCAUAUCGCUCUGUGCCUGUUGAUGUCAAUGAGCUCCGUCGCCUUGUGUCUUCUCAUGAGCUUCAGGACUUUCCAGCUGGAGAACCGUCUGCAGAUGGAGAUGGACAAAGCGUCCAUCUUCCAGCCGAAGCACGCGGCUUUUCUAAACGAGGAUGGGACCCUGAUUCCAGAGCUGAGCACCUCCAUAGGGAGGCUCGUGGAGGAGAAAAUUGGAGAGAUGAAACCAAAAAUGCGGACAGCUAGGGAUGUUGGUCAAGAUUGCUCCUGUCCUCCAGGGCCUCCGGGAAAGCGAGGAAGGAUGGGAAGAAGAGGGGAUCCUGGUAAGUGACGUCCACCACCUGGCAAGGCUGGACGGGAUGGAUACCCGGGUCCUCUUGGUUUGGAUGGGAAACCAGGUUUUCCAGGUCCCAAGGGAAGCCAGGGACCAGCCGGACCCAAAGGAGAUAAGGGUGACCAAGGAGAUGUUGGGCCAAGGAUGGUCUUCCCUCGUUAUGACCAUGGCUUCCUCUCUGGAGAGCAGUCGAGCAGCUUUCAGAGACGCUUUCUGAAGGGUGACCAAGGCCAAGCUGGACCAGCUGGUCCUCCCGGCCCGCCAGGUCCCCCUGGUCCCAGAGGCCCUCCUGGGAACACAGGCAAGGAUGGACCGCGUGGCCCUGCUGGAGAGCCGGGUUUUCCCGGUCAAGAUGGUCUUGAGGGGUCACAGGGAUUACCAGGAAAGCCGGGAGAAGAUGGUGAACCGGGCUACCCAGGACCACAGGGCCCUCCAGGACUAAAGGGCGAGCAAGGUACAGGGGGAAAAGGAGAGAGAGGCAUGGAUGGACUCCCAGGACUAAAGGGAGACAAAGGGGAGAUAGGAGAUCAAGGACUGCAGGGACUGCAGGGACCCAUGGGUUAUACUGGUGAAAAAGGUUCCUCAGACAUCAUUGACUUUAACGGGAAGCUUCUAGAUGCGAUCCAGGCAAUCAACAGCAUCAGCGUUUCGGGCCAACCAGGACCACCUGGACCCCCAGGCCGCCCAGGGGAGAAGGGCGAGCUUGGUUUACCUGGGCCAGCAGGAGUUGAUGGGGAGAAGGGACAUAAAGGGGACAUGGGUGAGGCCGGACCACCUGGCGAGAGGGCAGAGAAGGGGGAGAUGGGGCUCUCUGGGCCUGCUGGUCUGGAUGGACAUAAAGGAGAGAAAGGCGACUGCAGAAUGGAAGACAACCUGGUUCAGAUGAUUUCCCAGCCAGGCCCACCUGGCCCGCCCGGCCCACCUGGAGUACCUGGGUCCCCUGGAUCCACGGGGCUACAUGGGAUGCCUGGUCCAAAGGGUGAGCCUGGAUACGGGAUGAGAGGAGACAAAGGAGAGACUGGCGGUCCUGGACCCAAAGGAUUAGACGGCCUAAAGGGCUCUUCCGGGUUAGUGGGUCUUCCAGGUGCAAAGGGAGAAAAGGGCAGACCAGGGGAGCCUGGACUAGAUGGUUUCCCGGGUCUUAUGGGGGAUAAAGGUGACCGAGGAGAACGAGGGGACAAGGGUGACAGGGGAGGAGUAGGAAAAAGAGGUCUGAAGGGCCAGAAAGGAGAGCAGGGUCCUCCAGGACUAGACCAACCCUGUCCUGUGGGUUGUGAUGAGACUAAAGGUCUGUCUGAGAAGGCAGGGCUUUCUUCCCCUCCACCUCCUCCUAUUCCUCCUUCUGGCCCUGAGGCCCCCUGUCCUGUGGGACAGGAUGGGCUGCCCAUACCUGGCUGCUGGCACAAGGAGGAAAUGGCGAGGCAGAAGCUCAAACGGAAGCGUCUCUCUCAGCCCUGAAGGGAUGCGUGGUUCUGAUGGAGAAAGGACUUAUUAAAAAAGCAGAGAGUACGGGGGGGGGGGGCAGAUUGGCCUCCUUGAAGCAGAGCGGGCUAUGUUCUGCCCUGGUGUCAUACUGAACACUCAGAUCCUGUGCUAUUGAAACUCUCCAGGAGGGGGCGACAGAGAACACUGCAUUUCCACCUUAACCUGAGAAGAGGCGACACAACUGUGGCUAAGACAAGGUCAUAUGGGAGUCAUUGACGUCACUGGCACAUAAAGAAGGAUUUACUGCACGGAACAUGUAGUGGUGAUCUCUUGUAAGGCUCUUUUGUUAAGUUUUUGACUAAGUAAUGCAUGAUCAUAACAAGGCACUGUGUUAUUUAGCAUCCAGACAGCUUGUAUGACUUGUGGUCUGUCUUUGAAACUCUAAAUGACAUUUCAUUUACAACAAGUAUUCAUUACCAGUCUUUCUAUUUGAACAAGCCACUCAGAAAAGCCAGUAAGUCUACCUGUGUAUGGCUCACAUUUGUGGCAGUUGUGACUUUUUGUUUCAUUUUGAUAUUUUUUAGCGACUUUUGUCCAGGUACAUUUUGCAUUCCUGUGCAUAGCUUUGAAGGAACCAUUUACAGUAUUCAUGAUUGUUACAGUUGCCUUGACAAAUAACUGCAUAUCAGUGUAGUUUCUUUAUCAUUUUCAGUGUAACUGAAGCUUUUUGAAUGAUCUUUCUUCUUUAAUCACUGAUGAAAAUGUGUUUUAUUGCUGUUUCCUGAUUCUCUGGACAACAGUGUGACUUCUUGCUGCUGACGUAAAUGUGUGUUUGUUUGAUAUUUUUGAAUCGAUAGUCAUUUGGACUGAAGGACUAACAGACUAAAGAAUGAAAUUUGAAUCAAUUGUCAACACAAUUGUUGUUUUUUUCAUAGGUUAAUAACUCAUUUUAUUCAGUGAUUUAACUUUACACAAUGGUUUGAACUGUCAGUUAUGCUGCAUUUUGUGUUUGUGCUUUUUUAUUAUCGCAUUUCAGUGAUUUCGAUCAGAUAAAUACUAUAGGUCUGUUUCAGUCACUUAUUUUUCUCAGAUGGGAUAAUAUCUUGGUGCUUAAAUACUUUUAAUACUUGUAAUGUAUCUGCUUUGGAUCUACUCUGCAUAGUGAUAUGCAACAUCGGACACAUGUCCACAGAUACAAGCGCAUCAUUUUUUUAAAGAACUACUAAAUGAACAGAUUUCUACUUUCAAACAUUCAGCUUUAUGUCUAGAACACAGCGAUAAAAACAAUACCCAUAAAUAAAAAAAUUGUGGUUAUUUAUGGACUUCUGUUUAUUGUCCUUUGACAUUUGUAGUCAUUUUACACAAUUACAUUACAGUUACCAUUUCUAUUACAUUUAGAAAUGAACUCGUUCAAUAUCACUUCAGGUUUAUACAACACAUGACUGACAAGAAAUUGUUUGCAACAUUUUAAUUGUCGGCCUGCAUAUUAUUAAACAUGUAAAAAUGUUUGUUUUUCUUAACCCUCAACAUACACUCUUUGGAGCAUUUGAAAUUUCAAACAGGGUCAGUAUUGUUGGGGGGUUUGUUUUUUUAAAGUCGGACUUCAAGUCAGACACAAUGCUCAAAUUUUCAGAGGAACACUAUUGACAUGUGAUUGAAAUUGAAAAAAAUGUCAAGGGUUAAUGUGUUGGAAGAAUGAUGGUGUGUUGGUUUGAAUUAUGAGGAACAUUGGUAACUCUAAAUUCCUCGUUUUAAUUAAAUAUAUCUUCUAGCUGACCUGUUAACUGGCUGACUUUAACCUGCAACAAUCAGAGUAGCUCAAAAACUACAAUGAGUUACAUAUAAACUCUUAAAAACUUUAUACUUUUUUCAAAUUUCACAAAGUUGAAUAACUGACAUCACACAAACAAUUUCCAUACCGAGUGAGAUAAAUAUAAUGUGAAAUCUUUCCAAAAAUUAAACUACAUCACAUCCCUCAUUUUUGUGUUUAUAGAUAUUCUUAAAUUGCUCACUUUAAACACAAACUCCGUACCAUUAAGCUACAAAAGAAGAUCUUAGAAAUGAUAUGAAUGAAUUUUUUUCUGUAGCCUAAUAGAUACUGUUUUACGCUUUAUUUCACUGAGAGCUGAUGGCUAUCUGACACUUAACAUUAUUACAUGUGGUUAUUUCUUUUCCAGAUUCUAUCAGUUACAGUUUUAACAGCUAAAUGGAGACCGUAAAUGUCUCUUUGUCAAAUUACAGUUUGUUAUUUUGGCAAGUCAUAUAUAACAGUAUUAGCUUGGCUUAUGAGAAUGUUGUUUUUUCGGUUGUGUAUUUGGUUGUAAAAGAAUUAAGCUAUUUUUCUAAUUGUCUAAAAAUGUAUAACAUGAAAUCUGGUCAUCUAAACAUGUGGAAUGAAAUAAACUCCAGUUUUGUUGUUGUCCAUUAAAUCAUAAUCAUGUAAAGUUA